AUGAAAACCAAUAUCAAAGCCUUUAGAAGAGCGCAUUCAUCUGCUCAAAUUGUUAAUUCCAUCGACGAUCUCUUGAUCGAUAUAUUUCUCCGCCUCCCGAUUAAAUCACUCGUGCGUUUCAAACUAGUAUCCAAACGCUGGCAUUCCCUCGUAACCGACCCGCAGUUCUGCCUCAUGCGCAGUAACACUAAUCCCAAUCCGGCCGUUGGACUCUUCUUGCUUUCUCCCACCGACAGUAUUUCAUAUGAUUACGUUUCCUUAUCAAUCAACAAAUCGGGCAAUCCACCGUUUCGGAAGCUGGAUUUCGACGACGAGCCACGUGGCGUUAGGAUUCUGCAAUCGUGCAACGGGCUCUUGCUCUGCUGCAGUAACUCGGCCCGUGAUUGUAAUAAGAGAUAUUACGUCUAUAAUCCCACCACCAAGAAUUUCUCGACGCUUCCGAAAUUAAAUGGAGUCGGUGGGAUAUCGAAGAGAAUGUGUGGGAUGAAUUUGGCUUUCGAUCCCGCAAAGUCUCCUCAUUACAAAGUCGUUUGUGUCCGGCGAUUGCGAUCGGACUCUGGCGAGUACCGAUACCAAUUCGCGGUUUACUCGUCCGAGAAAGGCCCGUGGAGGAAAUGGGGCGACCCGUAUACGGCCGGAGUCGUUUUUGAGACAGGGGUGUAUUGGAACGGAGCCAUCCACUGGAUCAGCAACGGGACCACGGAUUCUUGCUAUUUCGAUCUCGAGCGCCAGGCGCUCGAGAUAAUGCCGAUGCCGCCAAUCCCGGAAGAAUGGGAUUGGAGGAGCAACUCCUACUUCGGCGAGUCGUGCGGCCACUUGCACUACGUGGAGUUCUUCGGGCCGCUAAUCAAGUUCGAUGUGCACGAGAUGAAGAUGGAUCAUUCGGAGUGGUUUGUCAAGUACCGAGUCGAUCUUUCGCGCGUUGUUGAUGCUUAUCCCGAAAUGAUCCGCGAUUAUAUUGAUCCGACGGAUUGGUACUACUAUGCGUUUAUGAUAUUUACUCUCGUUCGCGGUGAGGAGGAGGAGGAUUCGUUCUUGGCUUUGCAGAUACCGGGGAAAGUCGUACGGUACAAUCUCGUUUGCAAGAGUUUCGAGACGAUGCACGAGUUUGAGUUCGAGGGCAGUGAAAGUAGUGAAGGUUCUUUGAGGUAUGCGAGUGCGAAUGGAUUUCAAUACAUUGAGUCACUAUGUUGUGUCUAG